AUGACUGGCGGCGGAAAAUCCGGUGGCAAGGCCUCUGGCUCCAAGAACGCGCAGUCCCGCUCGUCCAAGGCUGGUCUGGCGUUUCCCGUUGGCCGUGUUCACCGUCUCCUGCGUAAGGGCAACUACGCCCAGCGUGUCGGCGCCGGCGCUCCCGUCUACCUGGCUGCUGUGCUCGAGUAUCUUGCUGCCGAAAUUCUCGAGCUGGCUGGCAACGCAGCUCGCGACAACAAGAAGACGCGCAUCAUUCCCCGCCAUCUCCAGCUUGCCAUCCGCAACGACGAGGAGUUGAACAAGCUUCUCGGUCACGUCACCAUCGCACAGGGUGGUGUGCUACCCAACAUCCACCAAAACCUUCUGCCAAAGAAGACACCCGGCAAGGCCGGCAAGGGCCCCAGUCAGGAGCUCUAA